AUUUAAUCGGCAGUAACCAGUGAGCAGUUAGCACAAGUGCACAAAUUCUAUAAAUAUUUCAUCAUCUCCUGUAAUAAAUUUUUUCGAUAACAAUCAUCAAUUAUAUAAUCAAUAUUCCAAUUGUUUCAUAUAAUUAUUUAAAUAAUAUAUUAACAAAAAAUGCCAGUACAUAUUAAUUGGCCAACAGCUAUUGGAAUAAUUGUUCCAAAUCUAGGUGGAUGGGCUGGAGCAAUUAUCACCCGACGAAACAUCACUCCUUGGUAUAAGUCAUUGAAUAAACCAACUUGGACACCACCAAACUGGAUGUUUGCACCAGUAUGGACCAGUCUAUACUCUUCAAUAGGUUAUGCUUCAUAUCUGGUGUAUCGUGACGGAGGUGGAUUUGAAAAGGCUGCUAUUCCUCUGUCUAUUUACGGUGUCAAUUUAGUACUAAACUGGUUGUGGACACCUAUAUUUUUUGGAGCACACAACAUUAAAUUGGCUCUUUAUGAGAUUGCUGCACUAUGGGGAUCAACAGUAGUCUUGGGAAUAACUUUUUUCCAAGUAAAUAAACUUGCCGGUGGUUUAAUAGUGCCAUACUUGGCUUGGAAUACUCUUGCCACUGCUCUCACCUAUUCAGUUUAUCGUAAUAAUAAAAUUACUGACGUUGAUGAGAAACAAAAGUAGAUAUAAUUAUAAUUAGUCAUGAUUUAAUAAUUAAAAUGUAUGCACAUUAUUUUAAUAUUGCUUUAUGGCCUUCUACAUGUAACACACAAUCCAUUCCAGGAAGAUUUUUAUAUAUAUAAUAAUAAUAAUAAUAUUAAUAAUAGUUUUGUUAUUGUUGUUGUUAUGUAUAAUAUACACAAACUUGUGAGCAUAUUUAUGGUGUACAUAUUUUUUUAUUACUUUAUAAGAAAUAAAUGUGAGUUGGCCAACCA